CUGACGAUAAUGAUUUGGCAGUCGUAAGCUGAUGUGGAAGCAGAGCUGGACAUGACGUGGAUAGAGGAAAGAGACAGCUGGCGUUUCUCCAUUCCCCCCAAAAGAAACUGACCGAAGGAGGAGCGACUUCCUGCCCGGGAAAUGAGCGAAGGAAGUAGUAGGGAUAUUAAAGAGGCCGGCAGAAGCCGAGUCGCUGUGUUGAGCUCUCACAUCGUUUCCAUGGCUUCUGAGAAAGACGCUGCCCUCGCGGCCGCCGCCGCUCCUGUCCCCUCCGAUUCUCCGACCAUAUUUGACAAAAUCAUCAACAAGGAAAUCCCAUCAAAUGUGGUUUACGAGGAUGAUAAGGUGCUAGCUUUCAAAGACAUAAAUCCUCAAGCGCCCACCCAUAUUGUCAUCAUUCCGAAAGUCAAGGAUGGCUUGUCAGGCUUAUCUAAGGCUGAAGAGAGACACUGUGAGAUCCUUGGCCGACUGAUGUAUACUGCCAAGCUGGUGGCAAAGCAGGAAGGACUGGAUGAUGGAUUUAGGAUCGUCAUCAAUGAUGGACCAAAUGGAUGCCAAUCUGUGUAUCACAUUCACGUUCACCUUCUCGGAGGACGUCAAAUGAACUGGCCUCCUGGCUAAAGAUUGGAGUUCAAAUACUGUCAUGCGGCGCGCGCGACUAGUGGCUUGGUCCUAAGGCUUUUUAGAGUUGAUAAGGUACUGCAAUGGUGGGAUUUCUGGAAUAAUGGGUUCAUAUGCUC